AUGCGACGGAUACAAUCGGUAUAAAACCAACCGUUCCGUUGCCGUUUUCAUCAGUGCACCUCACUCGAACGUUCCAGCAUCUACUAGAGAGUUCUGCUUCUGCGCGAAAGAGGACAAUAUUUCUCGAAACGAUGAACGACUCGAAAAAAACCGUGGUUUUUGCGCUUGUACUGAUGGUGAUUGGAUCGGCUGUAGCGGACAUGGCGGACGUGGGCAUGUGCAUCAGAAACUGCGCGCAGUGCAAGAAGAUGUUGGGUUCAUACUUUGAGGGACCCUUAUGCGCAGACGCUUGCGUCAAGUUCAAAGGCAAAAUGAUUCCGGACUGUGAAAACAUUGAUUCUGUGGCACCGUUCCUAAACAAGCUCGAGUAAUCUUCAAGAAUGCAUCUAAUAUAGUAAGAGUGAUUACAGCAGUUAUAUGUUAUGUUCUCGAUUAUAAACAAACACAGAUUAUGAUUAUAUUAUAAUUGUAAAAAUACUUAAAAUAAAUCAAGGAAUCAAGGAA